AAAAUGGGCACCAUCUACUCUAGUCUCAGCGUGUUGUCUAUCGCGCUCAUUGCUGGAGGUAUAAUCUACGGUUUUCUCGAGAAGCGACCACCCCCGCCAGACUGGGCUGGGCCAUCCAACCGCGCGGUCCUGCCAGGUCAAGAGCAACCUGUGUCGUCAGAAACCAAGGGAAAGAAGAAGAAGAAAGCAGUAGCGAAGGAAGGAGGAGUACAGCCUGCGUCGCAGCCGGAGGUAGAGCCCACGGUCGUUCAGUUCCCAGCCAUUGUUCCUGGCAGCUUUGAACAGGCUGCGGAGCAGACGGUCUCGGCGGCGACUAGCAAGCCUAAGAAGAAGAAGAAAGCCAAGAAGACCGCAGCCGGUGCAUCUCAGAUUCCACUCGAUGCCCAGAGCGACUCAUCCGCGACUGCACCUGAGUCACCUACGCCUGUGCCGCGGCCCAUCGCGACGAGGCGCAAGAGCACUCCCAUCAUCGACACCGACGGGCCUUGGACACGCGUCGAGUCGAAGAAGCGUGGCGUGCACCCCUUGCAGUCCGCAGCAAGUGCUGCUGCCUCCUCCUCUGCCACAGCUGAGCCAGCCGCCAGCGAGGUCACUACCUCUGUCACCGACACUUCCUCGCCCGUGAACGAGCGCACAGAGGACGAGCAGGCCCUGGGAACGGCUGACAACCGUCGCACACUCGCCGAACGGCUCCUUCCUAAACCGCGCAAGACCCAUGUGGAAGACAUGCUCGAAACUCCGGAUGUGCCCCCGGCCGCGCGCGUCAUGCGUGUGCAGCCUCGCCCCGACGAGCAGCCCGCCGCUGGCUUCUCAUGGGCAGACUAUGAAGACGUCGACGGCUCUGGUGUUACCGCGGACGACGCGGACGGCGAGUACGAGAGCGGCUGGAUCGUUCAGAGCUCGCGCGGCCGAUCAAGACCAAAGGCACCACAAUCGACGCAAAGCGCUCCCGAAUCAUUAACGAAGAAGCAGCGGCAGAAUCUCGCAAAGAGCGAGGCAUCAAAAGCCGCGAAGGCAGAGGCAGAAGCGCAGCGCCAGGCGACACUCGCGAAGCACAAGCGUGAGCUGGAGAAGGCGCGUAUGGCAGAGCAGUUCACUCAGCAGGGCAAGAAGAAGAGCGGUGGCAUGCGUGCUUCCGUGGAUUCGGAAGGCCACAUGGUCUUCGAGUAAUUCUAGGUGAGACGAUAGCAAAGCUAUGGACAUUUUCCCCGCAUUCAUGCGUGCGCGUUCUACCUUCAAUGUGGUUAGAGACGACAGAAUGUCGCAUGCUAGGCAAGUUACCGGAAAUGCCAGAUAAUAGAUGCUUAGUACCUAUGGACGACAUUGUACAGCCCAUUCAUAAUGCUUUUGCAGUUAAUGAUACCAUUCCCUUGGUCCCGC